CCGGUUACCAGCUCGCGCCUGAAGCGAGGUGUGUGACGAUGAAGGACAGUGUUCUCUGAUUGGUCAGCGCGUUUCCAUGGUUACCAGCUCCAGCUGUCAACAGCAGACGCUUUGUGAAGUUGCCCUGUGCUGCUGGAGGUUUUCCGGAUCAGCUCAUGCCAUGGACUGGCCGUGUGUGCGGAAACCCGGAGCAUCCAGAGAGGAUGCCAGGAAGGUAGAUGCAGAAAAAAAGCAAUCUGCAAAAGAGCAACUGGAUGAAUAUUUAAUCAGCCUGCAACAGAGGAACAGGGCUCUGAAGAGGUUACAGGUGAAGGGCCCGAGGCAGGUCGAGUUAGAACAGCUGGAACAGGGCUUCUGCAUCUACAUCAAUGGCGCUAAUGCUAAUCUGGCUAGUGCUAGGAGCAAUCAGAGAGCCAGUUAUAGACAUACACACACUGCAGAAGGUCCCAGAAGGAUUACAGAGGAUACAUGUGGAUCAAUUCAUCACAUCUCAAGGAGUCACACAGCACCUGAGAGAGCCCAGCGUAGAGAAUGGGUCCAGAAAUCAAUAGAAAUCCGCACGGAGAGCGGGGGCCGCGUGAAAAUCUCUCCACAGGACCCUUACCUGGACGACUUUGAGCCAUACGAGGGUGUUGAUAUGGAGGGGGAGAGGGACGUGUGUAAGGUGCUGGGUGUAAAAUCACACUCAGAACCUGAACCUGCUGAAAGGCUCCUGCUCAACCUCAACCAGGUCAAAGUGUUGCGGCGCAGCCUGGAGGCCAGCGUGAAGCAGAGCAGCCGUGACUCUGCAGCCGAGGAGUCGGAGGACGAGUGGGUGGAAGAACAGAUCGAGAGGGAUGACAGUAACGACAGCAUCAGUGACGAUACCCCUCCCCCCUCCCCCAAACCUAGCCAGCCUAUCAGGGGUCAGCCCGGCCCCAGUGACCUCAUUGUGCUGGAUUUUGGCCCCUCCCCAAAAGGCUGUAAAACGGAGCACUGUCACACAGCCAAGCAGAAAGAGAGCGUGGAAGCCUGUAUCCCCACUAAACCGGUUCUGGUGAAGAAAGGAAGUGAGAAGUCGACCAGAACCCGACUGAACACACCAUCUCCUGGUAGUCGUGUAAAGCGCCCCCUGUCUGCAGUGUAUAAAAUGCAGGAGGAGCAUGACUCCAGGGAGACGGUGCUCAGUGUAUUCCACGCACAACAGAAAGAGACGUCCCCCUUACACACACUCGCAUCAGACAAGCAGCAUCACACGCUCUCACCUGAGCUCCAAACUGCCCGAGAUCCCGUUCCACAGAGGAGUGAGCUCAGUUUCAGUCCGCAGGUGACCUGUUCCAACAGCCGUCAGUCCGGCAGCGUUCAGGAGGAGGAGAGUCAGUUAAUGAGAGCCAUACAGAGGAUCACACUAAUGGGGCCCAGUCAGCGGAAGAGUUUGUUGAAGGCUCUGGAGAAUAUUGAGACUGAUGCAGUUUCUCUCACACACAGCAACAGCAGCAGUUCCCCACCAAAUAGGAGGCGGGGCUCAGCAGAGGCUCUUUAUGUUACCAUGGAGAUUUUGUCGAACUGGGGUGGCGGGGGACGAGUGGGGCUGACGGAGGUCCAGUUCUUCUGCAGGAAGAAUCGCAAACUUUACAUCUCUCCCCACGACCUGGACAUCCGGAACGUCGAUCAGCCAGGGAACCUCGCCGCGCUCGUCAACGGCAAGACCAAAACCACUAAAGAGCGGGACAUGUGGGCGUGUCAGUUCCACGCACCGGUGCAGUUAUACUUUGUGGUGAGAAACACCAGGUGCUCUCUGGACUUCAGCAUCGCGCGCAUUAAAAUCUGGAAUUAUAAUUGCCUGAAUGAACUGGGUGUAGGAGUGCGUGAUGUGCGUGUGUAUGUGAACAGCACACUGGUGUUUGAUGGUCAGUUACAAAAAGGCAGCGGUCACCAGGUGUUGGAUUACAGCACAACCAUUGACCUGGAAGAACUCCACGACUGCAGCUCUCCCAGCCCCGCCUGCCUCAGCCCACAUCAUGAUGAUGACCUGCCUCAGGAUUCCAGCCCCGACCUAUUCGAGCCCAGCUCGUUUAUCAUAAAGGAAGUGAGCGAGCAAUCGCAGGAAGACGGCGGCUGCAGCCGUGUGAGUAGUGCCAGUAGCGACAGUAUGCACACGGACUCCUUAGAGCUCGCAGAGCUGCCCCUGGUAAAGGAGAACAGGGAGGCAGUUACCACAGUGACCACCCAGCCAGCUUCAUGUGGGACUCGAGAGCGCCCCUCGUGGCUGGAGCCUCAGAACAGAACCGAUAUCAAAGACCAACACACAGCAAAGCACAAACUCUCAGUCCUGGAUGGCGCCUCCUGCAGUCCGGCGAGCGUCUGUGGCCAUCAAGUGGCGCCACUCACAAACAUGGCGGAGAGAAGCUGUGAGACUGAACCCGAGCGUGAAUUGGAUCUGUUAGAUACUCUGUGCAAGGAGCAGCCACACAUGCAGGCCGUCAGCGGCCGCAGAGGGUCUGCACGCUCGCAAACCAAACCACCGAUUCACAAGGCGGAGAGAUCAGAGGAGCUUGGCCCAGUUGCCGACGGUAACCAUCGUCUGCAGUCCCGAUGGCUGAGCGAGGCAGAUGACAGCAAACCCGUAAUGACGAUGAGAUCACCGGACUCACAGACCAAGUUUGAUCAGCCCAAGGAUGACGUUUUUGAUGAGUUUCUCCAGCGCUGGUCCCGCCCCUCUGCCAUGUCACCAGACCCUGUGACCUCUGACCCUGAGGAGGAGUUUGAGAUCCCAGUUCUUCCGCAAGGACGGCACCUAGUGAUGCGUAUCCUGUCCACAUGGGGAGACCGUCACUACGUGGGCCUGAAUGGUGUGGAAAUAUUUAGUGCCAGCGGAGAGCCAGUCACACCGCGACGCAUCACUGCUGUUGUGAACGGACUACCUGAAGCUAAUGGCAGCGUUUCCAAGGUGACAGAUGGCGUCCACUGCACGCAGGACGACUCGCACAUGUGGCUGGCCCCAUUUGUGGUGGGGAAGCGGUGCGAGAUCACGUUGGACCUGGGAGAAAUGCAGCACCUUGCCAUGAUCCGUGUAUGGAAUUACAACAAAUCCCGCAUUCACUCAUUCAGAGGGGUGAGAGACGUGGACAUGCUGCUGGAUGGACAGAGGAUCUUCAGAGGAGAGAUCGCUAAAGCAUCUGGCACGUUGAUAGGAGGUCUGGAUCAGUUUGGUGAUACGAUCCUCUUCACCAUGGAUGAUGAGAUCCUGGAAGCCAUGUCGCAUUUUGAUGACACAUUUGUGUCUGUUAAUGAAGGGGUGGGGUCUGGAGUAGAGAAGGAGGGGCUUCAUCGUCCUCAGACUGCAGAUGAAGAGGAAGAGGGGACACCAACCACACAGGCCAGUUUCAGGGAGGACAGCACAGCUGAGAAGCAGGACACUGCAGAAGAGCCACAUGCUGAACCAGAGAACCCGAGUUCUGGUCUCUACACAGGAAAGAGUGUGUGUCUGUCUCUGAUUUCGACGUGGGGGGACUGUCAUUAUCUCGGACUCACCGGGUUGGAGAUUGUUGGUAAGCAGGGUGAGCUCAUCCCUGUUGAUGUUUCCAUGGUAACGGCAACACCACGUGAUCUCAACGACCUCCCAGAGUAUAACGACGACCUUCGUACUCUGGACAAGCUGUUCGAUGGACAGAACAUCACCACUGACGAUGAGCACAUGUGGCUGAUCCCCUUCACCCCGGGCUCUGACCACACCCUCUCCAUCCAGUUUAGCCAAUCACAGACCAUCGCUGGCCUCAGAGUCUGGAACUACAACAAAUCACCUGAGGACUCUUACAGAGGGGUGCAGGCACUGUGUGUGUACGUGGACGAAGUGUGCGUUUCCCCACCAGAUGGUUUCCUGAUCAGGAAAGGACCGGGGAACUGCCACUUCGACUUCACUCAGGAGAUUCUCUUCAUUGAUUAUGUCCAGUCCUCCAGUGUGUGUAAAAACACAGCCACAACACACACACACAGGUGUGAAGAGAAGGCCAGUAUGGAGUACGAGGCGCCCCUCAUGCCGUGUGGAUUUAUUUUUCAGUUGCAGCUCUUGACUACGUGGGGUGACCCGUACUACAUCGGCCUCAAUGGUCUGGAGCUUUAUGACCACAACGACCAGAAGAUCCCUCUCAGUGACAACAACAUUGCUGCGUUCCCAGACAGUGUGAACGUUCUGGAUGGUGUGUGUGGAGAUGUGCGAACACCAGACAAGCUGAUUGAUGGCAUCAAUAACACACAAGAUGGACGUCACAUGUGGCUUGCUCCAGUGCUGCCUGGCCUGGUGAAUCGUGUGUAUGUGAUCUUCGACCAGCCUGUGACCAUCUCGAUGAUCAAAUUGUGGAAUUAUUCCAAAACACCACAGAGGGGCGUUAAAGAGUUUGGGCUCCUCGUGGAUGAUCUCCUGGUGUAUAAUGGGAUCCUGCAGUGUGUGUCACACUUAUCCCACGGAAUUUUGCCGACCCUUGACCCCAUCAUCCCAUACCACACGAUACUGUUCACAGACAACUCACACAUCGCACACCGUGAGAGGAAAACCAUCAUCAGCAACCAUGUGGAGGACCAGGAUGUGAAGAUGACCAAUGAUAACCAGAUUGUCCAUCAGCACACCAAGAAAAAAACAACAGCAGACCCAGCACUGAGACCCAAAACCUGCAUGACCGACACUCCCAAACACAGGACACGCCCCUACUGACACACCCACACAUACAGAGAGUGAGUGAGUGUGUGUGUAUGGAGAGGGCUGUUGUAUGUCACACGCCCUGGUGCACUGUGUGUAAUACGUGUGUGUGUGUGUGUGUUCCUGUGUGCAGGGUUCCUACACAGUAUGGAAUUUGAUUUUGGUAAUAUCCAGGUCUGGGUAAGGAUGGAAAAAGGGAAAUAGAGUCUGGAAAAUAUUUCUUUUUCCAGACUACUGUCCCUGCUUUCUUUUCUAAAACAUAAAACAAAGCCAAAGUAUUCACCCCAGUGUGAGUUUGAUGUCGUUGGCUUUAAGCGAGGCAAGACGUGAUGUGUCCGAGGUGAUUUCUGUGGACCUGCCAUCAGUGACCUCUCUGACGCCGGCACGCUGCGCUCCGUCCUACCUCCGCACAACUAAAAGUAAAUGGAUGCGAAUACACAUUGCAACACUACAAACGUAAGACUGGGUAACUGCAGGUGUCCAAGUUCAAGCACUUUAUUGUCAUAGUUAAGGCACAACGACAUUUCUGUUGUGUUCGUCCCAAAGGCGCAAAAAGUUAAGGUGCAAAAUAUUAAGACAAAAAAAAAAAACAGCACACACUUAGCUAAUAAAGGAGAUAGAUAGAUAGAUAGAUAGAUAGAUAGAUAGAUAGAUAGAUAGAUAAUGUAUACAAAAAAAUGAACAUAAAUAUACAGUACCGUUCAAAAGUUUGGGGUCACCCAGACAAUUUUGUGUUUUCCAUGAAAAGUCACACUUUUAUUUACCACCAUAAGUUGUAAAAUGAAUAGAAAAUAUAGUCGAGACAUUUUUCUGGCCAUUUUGAGCAUUUAAUCGACCCCACAAAUGUGAUGCUCCAGAAACUCAAUCUGCUCAAAGGAAGGUCAGUUUUAUAGCUUCUCUAAAGAGCUCAACUGUUUUCAGCUGUGCUAACAUGAUUGUACAAGGGUUUUCUAAUCAUCCAUUAGCCUUCUGAGGCAAUGAGCAAACACAUUGUACCAUUAGAACACUGGAGUGAGAGUUGCUGGAAAUGGGCCUCUAUACACCUAUGGAGAUAUUGCACCAAAAACCACACAUUUGCAGCUAGAAUAGUCAUUUAGCACAUUAGCAAUGUAUAGAGUGGAUUUCUGAUUAGUUUAAAGUGAUCUGCAUUGAAAAGAACAGUGCUUUUCUUUCAAAAAUAAGCACAUUUCAAAGCGACCCCAAACUUUUGAACAGUAGUGUACUUACUGUAACAGAAAUGAUGUGGAAAUCAAGCAGUAUGUUCUGGUGAUGAUACACGGGGCAACUUUUUGGGCAGUGUUGCCAAGCAAUGUUGCUGGCAACGGGCAACUAGGUGAGACACAGGGCAACUUUUCAGGGCAACUAACAAUGGGCAACAACAGUUAGCAACGGCAGUUUACAGUUAGCUAAAAAAAAAAAAAUCGAUGUCUUAAUUUUUGCUGUGACCAUUUAAUCAAGCUGUCUGUUGUUUUUUAGAGCUUUGGUGAGGUAAAUUCCUCCAUAUAGAAUAUUAAAAUAACAACUUACCGGCAUAAAAACAGAUGAGGAGUCUCUCCAUUUCUUCACUCCACUGAGCUGCCGCCAUAUUUGUUUGAAAUUUCUGAUCCGAACCUCACCGGAGGUCACAUGACUCGAUACUCGCGUUCUGAUUGGCUUAUCUCAAAAAGUUGCCAGAGAUUAUCAAAACCAUUCAGAAAGAAACAAUGUUGCCCAAUCUCAGUAGAAAAAAGUCAAAACGCAAUUGCCCAGCAACAUUGCUCGGCAACAUUGCCCAAAAAGUUGCCCCGUGUAUCAUCACCAUUCAGGUUGUGGAUUGAAUAGAAAAACACUAUUGCGCGUGUCAUAUCUCAGACUGUGGAGAGAUCAGAGUUCAGUAAGUUUAUUGCAGUGGGAAGGAAACUGUAAGUCUGUUGGUACGUGUGCGUAUAGCUCUGUAGCGCCUGCCUGAUGGGAGGAGCUUAAACAAGUGACGUGCAGGGUGAGUGACGUCCUUUAUAAUGUUUGUGGCCCUCCUGACAGAGCGAGUGUUGUAUAACAGAUCCAGAGAUGGCAGCUCAGUGCCACCAAUGUCCUGUGCUCUUUUCACAACACGCUGUAGGGCUUUUCGGGCAGUUUUGGUGCAGCUGCUGUACCAGGAGAUCAUACAGUUCGUUAAUAUGCUUUCUUUGGUGCACCUAUAGAAAUUGACCAGCAGCUUCUGGGGGAGGUUGACUCUGCUUAAUUCUUCAGAAAGUAGAGUUGUUGUUGUGCUUUGCCUACGACCACUGAGUCCAGGAGAGGACCUCCGUGAUGGUCACGCCCAGAGACUUGAAGCUGGAGACUCUCCACAGCCUCUGCUCUGAUGGUUACUGGGCUGUGUGCUGUCUUUUUGGAGGUCCUGAAGUCCACAAUGAUUUCUUUGGUCUUCUUGGUGUUGGUGUCGCACCACACUGCCAGGUUCUGAGCCUCCUCUCUGUAUGCAGCUUCAUCGUUGUUGGAUAUGAGCCCAAUGACCACUGUAUCGUCCGCAAACUUAUCAAUAAUGUUCGGUUUGUGGGUGGGUUGACAGCUGUGGGUUUCUGAGAGCUGGACAGUUUUGCUGGUGUUGUGUUGUAAGGCUGCCCCAAGUGUGAACAAUGGCAAAUAUCGUGUGUGAGAACAGAUGUGUUUGAAAACAUAGUUGUCCUCACUUAUGUGGGCACACAUCCAAAACUUCUGAGCCUGGUCUCUGCCUGACUCCCCUGUUUUAUCUUCAUAUUUUUACGUGUGUGUGUGUGUGUGUAUCUGUCACUCCACCAGUCUGCAGCAGGAUGCACCUGGUUUCCUGUGUGUUUCUGCUGCUUACAUAUUUACCAACUCUCCCAAUUCAUGCCAUAAUCUUCAGGUUCUGAGAGGUGAACACCACCUACUGAUUUUAGUUCUAAAAACUACCGCGUUACAAAAUAAUCAGUGAACACUGUUGGAUUCGGUCUUCUGAUCUCACUUCAGCUGUGUUCAGCACACGGGAUACGAGUCUGCAGCGUCAGAGAGUCGUGUUAAGUGAAGCUGAGAGUCAAUGGAACGGUGCGAUAAUGAUGUUGAAUCUAAACGGUAUCACUGUCCUGUUGCACCAUUCCGUUGGUUCUCAUUAGCCAAUCAGCAAUGAGCUCACACAAUGCAACGACUCACCCCAGUGUCUGUAAAAACCAAACACACUCUGGUGAUCAUGAACAAUGAAAAUCCUGAAGAAAAAAAAAAAAAAGAUUCACGAUGACCAGAAGUUCAAGGGGACUCGGUCACCGGAUCAUCCAGCACCACAGCAUCGAGGCGAGGCGAGGCGAGGAGAGAAGCAGCGUUCGGUGAAGGACGUCGGUCCGAUUUUUACAUCAGUUUUUUUCAAAUAUGACACUCAGAAUGCAGGAGAAUACACUGUUCAUACAGGGGUUUUUUGUUUUCUUUACCCUCAAAAUUGUCCAAGGGAGCACGCUCCCGGCCCGGCCCGGACCCCCUGUAAGGGCGUGACUCUGUCGAACACUUUUCAUUCUGUGUGUGUGCGCUUAUGAGAGAAGCAGAGAUAUAAAAAGACAAAGGCGAGAGUGUUCUAAACUUUUUGUGACCAAUGAUUUUACAUUUUAUUGUCAGUUCUAUGUUAAUUUUUAAAAAAUGUAUUCUUUUACUGUAUGAUUGAUUUGUUUAUUAUUUGAUUUUAUUUAUAGUUCUUUGUUGAACAGUGUUAAGGUGAUGAUACACGGGGCAACUUUUUGGGCAAUGUUGCCGAGCAAUGUUGCUGGCAACGGGCAACUAGGUGAGACACAGGGCAACUUUUCAGGGCAACUAACAAUGGGCAACAACAGUUAGCAACGGCAGUUUACAGUUAGCUAAAAAAAAAUCGAUGUCUUCAUUUUUGCUGUGACCAUUUAAUCAAGCUGUCUGUUGUUUUUUAGAGCUUUGGUGAGGUAAAUUCCUCCAUAUAGAAUAUUAAAAUAACUUACCAGCAUAAAAACAGAUGAGGAGUCUCUCCAUCUCUUCACUCCACUGAGCGGCCGACAUAUUUGUUUGAAAUUUCUGAUCCGAACCUCACCGGAGGUCACAUGACUCGAUACUCGCGUUCUGAUUGGCUUAUCUCAAAAAGUUGCCAGAGAUUAUCAAAACCAUUCAGAAAGAAACAAUGUUGCCCAAUCUCAAUAGAAAAGAGUCAAAACGCAAUUGCUCAGCAACAUUGCUCAGCAGCAUUGCCCAAAAAGUUGCCCCGUGUAUCAUCACCAUUAGUGUUUAAACAGUUUUACUCCGUCUCCGAAGCAGAGUCGGUGCCCUUCUGUUCCUGUUUCUCUUGAGGAGUUGUACAUCAGCAUUCCUCCGGUUACUGUUACACGUCGAAGGGAUCAGUUUAAUUUUUUUUAUGUUUUAUUUAAAUGACAGAAACAGAAUAACACGGCACUGUUUGAGCAUUGCAGCCUGAAUAAAAUGCCGGGCAUUGAACGUGUUUGGGUUUAACUGAUGUGUGUGUAUGAGCUACAGGACCUUGCCACAGAGAGCCAUGAGAAAUUUUACUCGCUUACAUACUCUCAAUGGAACAUUAACAGCUGGAUAUUAAAAUAAUGUAUUUAAAUAAUAAACAUCUAGCUGUUUGAACUGUAGUGUCAGAUAUGGUCUGAAAAUGUACUGUGAAGUCUGGGAAUAUGAGGAUGGGGAAAAGUGUGGAAUUUUGAAAGGAAAAUGUGGAGGAACCCUGUGUGUGUGGUAAUUUUCUAUUAAUUUGUAUUAUAGCUGUUUAUAUGAGCCUUGUGUUUAAAUAAAGUCUCCAGACUAAGUGCCCUA